CAGUCAGGUGGCGAUAUGACGCUUUUUCUUAGCGUCCGUCUCCAAGUGACUCGUUUAAACCCUGAACUCUGGUCUAUUAAUGUGAUCAGCAGAUCAUUAGAACCGAGUGUCCAAGAAACUGCUGCUGAAGCGACUGAGAUCCACACACUAUUAUAAAGAUGGCGUUUAUUAAAGAGGAGAGUGAAGAUGUUAAAACUGAAGAAGCGUUCAGAGUCAAACAUGAAGAGACUGAGGAUCAAACAAAGAUGGCGUUUAUUAAAGAGGAGAGUGAAGACUUCAGGAUUGAAGAAGUGUUCAGUCUGAAACAAGAUACUGAGGAACAAACAGACCUAAUGGCAUUGAAAAAAGAGACAGAAGUCCUCAAUGGCAUUGAAGAGAAAGAUCAAGACGAGAAUCUGCAUGAUUUCACAACUGGAAUAAAAUAUUUUAGGCGUUCACAGACUGAAAAGAUUUCCACACGAAAAAAAGCUCUAAAGAGUGGAACAACUAGAAGUGACUUCACUAGCUUUCGGUUUGGAAAGAGUUUCAAUCAACAAGGAAACCUUAAAGUCCACAUUGGGGAGAUCUCUUUCAGUUGCCAACACUGUGGGAAAAGUUUCACUUGUAAAGGAAGCCUUAAGAUGCACAUGAGAAUUCACACUGGAGAAAAGCCUUUCACCUGCAAACAGUGUGGAAAAAGUUUUGCUCAACAUGGAAACCUUAAUGUCCACAUGAGAAUACACAAUGGAGAGAGUCCCUUCACUUGCCAACAGUGCGGAAAAAGUUUCAAUCAUCAAGGAAGCCUUAACCACCACAUGAGAAAUCACACUGGAGAAAAGCCUUACACCUGCCAACAGUGUGGAAAAAGUUUCAUUUAUAAAGGAAGCCUUAAGAGGCACAUGAGAAUGCACGCUGGAGAGAAGCCUUUCACCUGCCAUCAGUGUGGAAAAAGUUUUGCUCAUCGUAUAAACCUUAAAGUCCACAUGAGAAUACACAACGGAGAGACUCCCUUCACUUGCCAGCACUGUGGAAAAAGUUUCAGUCAAAAAGGAAGUUUUGACAGGCACAUAAGAAUGCAUGCUGGAGAGAAGCCUUACACCUGCAAACUGUGUGGAAAAAGUUUCAGUCAAAAAGGAAGCUUUGACACCCACACAAGAGUUCACACUGGAGAGAAGCCUUUCACCUGCAAACUGUGUGGAAAGAGUUUUGCUCAACGUGUAAACCUUAAAGUCCACAUGAGAAUACACACUGGAGAGACUCCCUUCACUUGCCAACAGUGCGGAAAAAGUUUCAGUCAUCAAGGAAGCCUUAACCUGCACAUGAGAAAUCACACUGGAGAAAAGCCUUACACCUGCCAACACUGUGGAAAGAGUUUUGCUCAACAUGGAAACCUUAAAGUCCACAUGAGAAUACACAAUGGAAAGAGUCCCUUCACCUCCCAACAGCAGUGAGCAUUUUGGGGUUAAAAAUCACAAGCUCUUGUCUCUGUGAACAAAGUAAGAGACGAUGGCAACUUUAGCCACAUAAGCAUAUUCAGAAAGGCUUUUGCAAACACACUUUAUAAAGUGUGAUACUUGUGUGUUGUGGAUAUGAAGGUGGACCACGAAGAGUUGGUAUUGAUCCAUCUUUGAGAAGCAACAUUUCUGCAAAUCCUGCGUUGUACUUGUGUGGCAAGUGGAAUAUUGUUAUACUAGUUUAUUGAAAUUACUAUUAUUAUUACCUAAUGGCACUAAUGCAAGAGGCUUUUAUUUUGAAAUUUGUAUAAGGAAAAAUUGUGAUGGUCAUGUGAUCACAAACACAGUACUGUUGUGUUAUUUUUGUUUUUCUUUUCCCUUUGUAUGAAAUUGUUAAUCUAUAUAAAAUGUUCAGGAAACACUGUUCACGUAAGUUAUGUCGUGUGUAAGUGCGAGGGUAGAGCUGAUGUAAUUUACGGGAGCCCUCUCUCUUUCGCGGGAUGUUGUUGCGAUGAGAGCUAUGUUUUUAUCAGCUACUACACUUGCGGGAUGCUGAUGAGUUUCGUUAUAUGAUGAUGCAUACUUGGAUAAAACUUUUAACUCUGUUUUACCGGUGUUAUGAGUUGCACGUUUAUGAUUGUGUGAAGUGUCUGUUUACCUUUAAUGAUCCAUGAGAGGCUUGAAUGUAUUUCCUGUUAUAUGAAUGUACAUGAAUGUUAUUGUAUGUUAUAACGCUCUCUUUCACGGGAUGUUAUUGCGAUGAGAGGCACGGCUAGACCAGAUAUUCUCCUGUUACUAUCUGAUGGUGUCUGUUACACUUUAAUACAGAAACUGAGAAGCUGAAAGUAAACCACAUGACAACUGCAUCAUGGUCUAAGGUCUAGAGGUCGACCGAUAGUGGAUUUACCGAUAGCUAGGUUGGACCACACUGGCCGAUACCCAUUAAUCAACCGAUAGCUUUCAAAAUGGAUACUGAAAGAAAGUUAGUGCUUAAAAAAAAAAAAAAAAAAGCAGUAAUAGUACUGAACCAUACUUUGUAAAUGAAUAAAAAUUUAUAUUAUACACUAUAUUGAUCAUUAAAGUUAUUUCAUAGUUUGCUAAUGUUAAAAGAAGAAACUUUAAAAUGUAAAAAUGUAGCCUAUUAGUAGCUAAUAGUGAAUGUUGAAAUGAACACACUCUAACAAGGAACAAUACUUCUACAGUUUUCAUUAAUGCUACGAAUGGACUCUUAUUGUUAAGUGUUACCAUUUAAUUUCAACAGCCAUGCUUAAAGAUGGCCAUCUUUAAAUAUCUACACAAGGACAUAGCAUUAAAAUUACAUACAUAUGGAUAUUGUAUAUGUACUCACACACUUUAUUUGCUUCUAUUUUUUAACACUUGAUAAUUAUCUAAUCAAAAAAAAAAAAAAAAAAAUGUUAGUCACACACCGGGCAAAAGCGCAGCGCUGCGUUUAGGAGAACUCAGAGGUAUCUCACACGCACACGCACACACACCAGACGCUUUGCGUUCAAAUCAAGUGGCGGUCUAAAACAAUUUAUUUAAUCCCCAAACAGACAUAAGUUUGCUUCAAGAAUGAACAAUGUGGCAUAAAUGAGUUUGAAGUUCGGUGUUUAAAGAAACAGAGCAAGCGGAAAGAGAACGCGAUCUAUUACAGCCAUGGGCGGCGCUAGGGAGGGGCUAGCAGGUGCUCCAGCCCCCCCAAGAAAAACCAAAGCACCCCUUAAAAAUGAAAUAAAAUAAAAACGUUUCACUCAUGCCUAACUACUGCAAUGCAAUAGGCUACAACGUGACGUGAUUUGCAGUCGCAGGUAAUGUCAGCAUUUUAUUUAAAAAAAUGGAUCGGUUCAAUUGUGCCAAGUAGGCCUGCCCCCGACUAAAGAUUUUUCUAGUCAACUAGUCGCACAUUUAUAUUAAAUUGAUUUGUAUAAUAACCUAAACCAUCUUUUAAUAUAUGCAUUUAUGCGUAUUAUAGCCUAUUCCGCGCUCAAGCGCACGCAUAAAUUUUGCUGCAAAGCACCGGCUAAAGUAAUGAUUAUGAAUGCAUCAGGAAAAAUAAGACAUUUCAAUUAUUUAUUAAGCUCCGUGCACAUUUUACUUUUCACUUUCAAAUUUGCGGCAAUUCUGCAUCAAGCAGUUGUGUUUUUAGUUAAUUUGAGUUUUCCCACUUUCCUUUGCUUAAAUAGCUUGUAAAAGCACCGUGCGCAUUUUACUUUCACUUUUAAAUUAGCAGUAAAUUCGGCAUCAGGCGGGUAGCAACAAAAUGCAAGGUAGAACAUAUAGCCUAACUUUUAUUAACAAAACGAAUAAAAACACGCCAUGCUAUAGGCCUAUGCCUAAUAUAAAAUAGCAAAUAACUUACACAUUUUAAAUAGCAAAUACUGUGGAACCAAAUAAAUGAGAAACGAACAUUACAAAAAAAAAAAAAUCUUCCAAUAUCACCUUAGGCUAAAUGGCAAAAUAUUUUUAAAACAGGCGCUUUUACAUUUCGUUUUGAAACACUUACGCGAUUCUCUUGCCUGUCUCACCUCACUCUUCUUGUCAGUCAGCUCGACUCACUCUCCUCACGUGAUAAAUUCAGCCUGGUCUCACAAAAUU